GAGUUUAGCGACGCCUCCCAGAACUCCAUUUGUCUCCUCUUCCUAUAUAGACUCUCACGUUCGCCUUCUCCUUCUCCACGCCAACCUUUCUUCGGUUUUCUCACCACCUUGGCGAUCCAUUCUACAAUCCAGAGAUUCCUCCUUGUGUUUCUAUGUGAUCAUCCUGGUUGAGAUCCCUUUUGUUUCUUUUGGUUAUAAAAGAAUGGCUGCUUCUACAUUUCAACAUGCCCUUGGUACUGUUAAAUUCCUUGGCUGGGAUAGUAGCCCUGGUUCUCAAAAUGGCAUUAGUACUUUCUCUGUGAAAAUGGUUUCCAAGGAUUUUGGCCUAGACAUGAGGCUGCUUAAAAGAGGGAAUUGCAGCUCUGGUAGCUGUAAGUUGAGAAUGGUUCAUGCAUUAGCCUCUCAUUCAUCAGUUGCUGAUCCAGUUCAGGCACCAUCAAACCAAAACUCAAGUGAUUCUCAGAAAAAGACCAAUGAAACUGCACUUAUAUUAAUUCGCCAUGGUGAGUCCUUGUGGAAUGAGAAAAAUCUGUUUACAGGAUGUGUUGAUGUUCCCUUGACCCAAAAGGGUGUGGAGGAAGCAAUUGAAGCAGGAAAACGUAUAAGCAAUAUACCUGUCGACAUUAUCUAUACAUCUGCACUGAUUCGUGCUCAGAUGACUGCUAUGCUUGCCAUGACCCAGCAUCGACGGAAGAAGGUUCCUAUUAUCAUGCACAAUGAGAGUCAACAGGCCAAGACAUGGAGUCAGAUAUACAGUGGAGAUACGAUGAAACAAUCUAUCCCAGUCAUAACUGCUUGGCAACUGAAUGAAAGAAUGUAUGGUGAACUGCAAGGUCUCAACAAACAGGAAACAGCUGAUAGAUUUGGAAAAGAGAAAGUCCAUGAGUGGCGCCGUAGCUAUGAUAUUCCUCCUCCCAAUGGAGAAAGUCUAGAAAUGUGUGCUGAAAGAGCUGUGGCCUAUUUUAAAGAGCAAAUUCAACCUGAUCUUUUGACGGGAAAGAACAUAAUGAUUGCUGCCCAUGGAAAUUCACUGAGGUCUAUAAUUAUGUAUCUUGACAGGUUGACUUCUCAGGAGGUGAUUAGCCUUGAGCUGUCAACUGGCAUUCCUAUGCUUUACAUAUUCAAAGAAGGAAAGUUCAUCCGUAGAGGAAGCCCCGUUGCGCCUUCUGAAGCUGGAGUUUAUGCCUAUACCCGGAAACUCGCUCUCUACCGACAGAAGCUAGAUGAGAUGCUUCACUGAUGCUAUGAACCGGUAGCCUUUGAUUACAGAAGACCUCCAUUUUUGCUAAUUUGUGUGAAUCUUCUUUGAUGAAACAUUCACGACAUACAAUAUAUGAUCCAGUCAUUAUGUAUGAGAGACUGUCUUGUUCUUUUUUGUAUCUGUCAACCACACUUCAAUCACUUGAUCGACAAAGAUAUUGUCGAGACCUGUAAUUUUACAUUUUGAAUGUUAAUUCUUGUUCAACAUUGUGAUGAAGAAGUUAAUGAAAACAGAGUUUGUAUUUUAUCCA